CUAUGAAGAGGAGGAGGAAGAUGGCGGGAGGGCGGCUCUGAGGAGACCUCGGCGGCGGCGGAGGAGGAGAGAAGCGCAGCUCCGCGCAGCGCCGGGGCCCAUGUGGGGAGGAGUCGGAGUCGCUGUUGCCGCCGCCGCCUGUAGCUGCCGGAGCCUGGUGGGAGUGAGGGGGACACGGCAGGAUGAAGUUCGCCGAGCACCUCUCCGCGCACAUCACUCCCGAGUGGAGGAAGCAGUACAUCCAGUAUGAGGCAUUCAAGGAUAUGCUGUAUUCAGCUCAGGACCAGGCACCGUCUGUCGAAGUUACAGAUGAGGAUACAGUUAAGAGAUAUUUUGCCAAGUUUGAAGAAAAGUUUUUCCAAACCUGUGAAAAGGAACUUGCCAAAAUCAACACAUUUUAUUCAGAGAAGCUGGCAGAGGCUCAGCGCAGGUUUGCUACACUUCAGAAUGAGCUUCAGUCAUCACUGGAUGCGCAGAAAGAGAGCAUUGGUGUCACUACAUUGCGACAGCGCAGAAAGCCAGUCUUCCACCUGUCCCACGAGGAGCGUGUCCAACAUAGGAAUAUUAAAGACCUUAAGCUGGCCUUCAGCGAGUUCUACCUCAGCCUCAUUCUGCUGCAGAACUAUCAGAAUUUGAAUUUUACAGGGUUUCGAAAAAUCCUUAAAAAGCAUGAUAAGAUCCUGGAAACAUCUCGUGGAGCAGAUUGGCGAGUGGCUCAUGUAGAGGUGGCCCCAUUUUAUACAUGCAAGAAAAUUAACCAGCUCAUUUCUGAGACUGAGGCUGUAGUAACCAAUGAACUUGAAGAUGGUGACAGACAAAAGGCUAUGAAGCGAUUGCGUGUCCCUCCUUUGGGAGCUGCUCAGCCUGCGCCAGCAUGGACUACUUUUAGAGUUGGCCUAUUUUGUGGAAUAUUCAUUGUGUUGAAUAUUACCCUCGUGCUUGCAGCUGUAUUUAAACUUGAAACAGAUAGAACUGUGUGGCCCUUGAUAAGAAUCUAUCGGGGUGGCUUUCUUCUGAUUGAAUUCCUUUUUCUACUGGGCAUCAACACGUAUGGUUGGAGACAGGCUGGAGUAAAUCAUGUCCUCAUCUUUGAACUUAAUCCAAGAAACAAUUUGUCUCAUCAGCAUCUCUUUGAGAUUGCUGGAUUCCUGGGGAUAUUAUGGUGCCUGAGCCUUCUGGCAUGCUUUUUUGCUCCAAUUAGUGUCAUCCCUAUAUAUGUGUACCCACUUGCCCUUUAUGGAUUUAUGGUCUUCUUUCUUAUCAACCCCACCAAAACAUUCUACUAUAAAUCCAGAUUUUGGCUGCUUAAACUUCUGUUUCGAGUAUUUACAGCUCCCUUCCAUAAGGUAGGCUUUGCUGAUUUCUGGCUGGCCGAUCAGCUGAACAGCCUGUCAGUGAUACUCAUGGACCUGGAAUAUAUGAUCUGCUUCUACAGUUUUGAGCUCAAAUGGGAUGAGAGUAAGGGCCUGUUGCCAAAUGAUAUACAAGAACCAGAAUUUUGCCACAGAUAUACAUACGGUGUGCGAGCCAUUGUUCAGUGCAUUCCUGCUUGGCUUCGCUUCAUCCAGUGCCUGCGCCGGUACCGUGACACAAAAAGGGCCUUUCCUCAUUUAGUAAAUGCUGGCAAAUACUCCACCACUUUCUUCACCGUGACCUUUGCAGCCCUUUACAGCACUCACAAAGAGCGACAGCACUCAGAUACCAUGGUGUUCCUUUACCUGUGGGUGGUCUUUUGUGUCAUCAGUUCCUGCUACACCCUCAUCUGGGACCUCAAGAUGGACUGGGGUCUCUUCGAUAAGAAUGCAGGAGAAAACACUUUCCUCCGGGAAGAAAUUGUAUACCCUCAAAAGGCUUACUACUACUGUGCCAUCAUAGAAGAUGUGAUACUGCGCUUUGCUUGGACUAUCCAAAUCUCUAUUACUGUUACAACCUUUCAACCUCAUGUUGGGGACAUCAUUGCUACUGUCUUUGCCCCCCUUGAGGUUUUCCGGCGAUUUGUAUGGAACUUCUUCCGUCUGGAGAAUGAGCAUCUAAAUAACUGUGGUGAAUUCCGUGCCGUGCGGGACAUCUCUGUAGCCCCACUGAAUGCAGAUGAUCAGACACUCCUUGAGCAGAUGAUGGACCAGGAUGAUGGGGUGCGAAACCGCCAGAAGAAUCGGUCAUGGAAGUACAACCAGAGCAUAUCCCUGCGCCGGCCUCGCCUUGCAUCGCAGUCCAAGGCUCGAGACACUAAGGUAUUGAUAGAAGACACAGAUGACGAAGCUAACACUUGAAUUCUCUGAAGUCUAGAUUAACAUCCUUGGUUUCCUACUCUACAAUUCUUCCCUUGACCAACGCAACCUCCAGCACCUUUUUCCAGCUGAGAACAGGAGAAAACAGAACACGUUCCCGGGCUCUUCAAAUCGGGUCCUAUGGACUCCGAGCAAGCUCACUGUGUUUCUUUUCUUUUCUUCUGGUUUAAUCUUCAUUUCCUAUUUUUAAAACAAAUACUUCAUUUUUGCCAAUCAGAGGAUGUUUUAAGGAACAAAAACCUAGAAUCUUAUGGAUUGUUUACAAUCACAAAGACGCAGGUGCCCAUCAGGAUGAAGAACAGGCAUUGGAAGGAGGCCUCUGAUGGACGGCAUGGACGUGACUCAGCUUCCGCCUGGCCCAGUUUUGACUGUUUGAAACUGGACACUGUUUUUUAAAUUUUCUGUCAGUUUAUGUGGAGAGUUUUUCCCUUCCUUCCCAGCCAGCAUAGAGGCACUGGCAGCACUUGCAGGGAAAGUGCAGCUUGGCGCAGCACCCUCCACAAAGCUACUUUUUAAUUUGAUGUCAUGGGUUUUCUCAUUUGGGGAGGGUUGUGGGUGGGUGGGGGAUGUGAUGUAUUCGUUACAUUUGGUCUUCGCAUUAUUUAUGAAACUUCACCAUAAAUUAAUGAUACUACUCCUGUGAAGGGAGGCAGGAGAAACUAAGGGUAGAUGACAUUUGGGAGGGUCACACCCACAUACCUCUUUCAGGAAACAACUUGUACCAGUUUGACUUUUCCUAUUUCGUUUUAACUUUAAGCCAAAGUUUUAUUGCUAAAUUUUAAAGUUGCUGCUCUAGAGUCCCAAGUGUUACUGUCAUGACCUGGCACCCCACUUGCUUCUCACUAGUAGACAUUCAGAGAAAAGGUCUGAUAGUUGUGUCUUUAGGAACAGGAGCAGGAUACAUCCACCCAUAUACCAGUCAACAAUGAGGUUCUGCCAUGUGCUUCUGCGUGCAGGAGAAGUGUAGUCUGUUUUACUGACUAAAUGGAAAGACGGGCCAUUUUCAGACUCUCCACAACUCUACUUCAUAUUUCUCCUUCUGGUGUCAUCUACUUUAGCCAGAAUUUGAUCAAAUUAAAAGUCUUUUGUGGGGAAUGUACUUUUGAGCAUAUAGAACAAAUCCUUCAUCCUUCAAAUUAUAUUGACACAGAAGACCUUGGCAGCCAUUUUUAAGCCCAGCAGUAUUAAAAAGUGAAUGGUGGUUUUUAUGACCUCCUGCCAUAGAAACCUGCUUUUAAAUUUGGGACCUCUAAACCUCAUCAUACUUUUAAUGCUAUAUUCCUUAGAAGUGUCAGGCUAUAAAUACCCAUUUUUACUUCUUUAUCUCAUCCCCUUUCUUCCAAAAUUCUCUAGAGAAACCCAAAAACAUACAGCAUUUGACUAUGUGGAAAAUGGUUGGUAUCAAAUUUAGUAUUCCUCAGGACUGGGGGUAUGGAUCAUUGGUAGUAGUGAUUGCUUGGCAUUCUUGAGACCUUGGGCUUUCUCUCCAGCAUGGGGGGGGGAUCAUUAUUUAAUAAAAUUAAUAUAAAUACCAGGAAAAAGUCUGCAUUAAUGGCCUCACCCCUCAGAUCUAGAUGAAAGUCCCACAGAGAAGAUUCAACAGAGUUCAUCCAGUUAGGCCCUUUUCGCAUUAACUUUAGACAAAGAAGCACUGACUGGGAAGACAUCAGUGAACGCUUGCUUUGUUUUCAAAAUGUGGCUGCUGCCCUCUAAUUCUCCCUUUUGUCAUCAGCCCCUCCUAUAUAUAUGUAUCAUAACCUUUACUGCACUACUAAAAUUCCACCAAUUCACCCAUUAACUUCCUUUUAGAAAUGGUUUCUUUCAUUUUUAUUCUGGCAAAGUUCAAUUUUUUUCUCCUUUCUGAAUUAAGAUUUUAACACAUACAUACACCCCCAAAAGCACAUACAAUAUUGUAAGUUCUGCUGCUUUUUGUGUUUUGUCAAGCAUGUCCCUUGCCCCAACACUAAAAAACAAACAUUUAUUUAAAAAACAAACUUUAAAUAAACUGUAUACUUUAUAAUAAUCAGUGGUAGCAACUUAGAGACCCUUGGUAGAUAAAAGGUUGCAUUAUUUCUAUUUAGAAUUUUUUUUUCUAACUGUUCUGGGUUUUUGUACUUUAAAACAGGUGGUAGAUUUCACUGGUUUCUGAGGUAACAGUAGCAAUUAUUAAGAAUAUAGAAAAGUCCAGUGACGAAUCAUUUCUUGUACAAAUAAAAUUAGUGGUACUAUGUAUCCAGAGCCAUAUGAAUUGUGGACUUCUUGGCAACACACACAAACUCACACAGUUGACUUCUGUCAGUUAACAAAUGGCCAGUUUGUUCUUUCUUCACCUCCUGGAAUUCCAGGUCCUAAUCAGUAUUAAUUCCUUUACAAUAAUGCAGUGAUGGAAUAUUCCUUUUCUGGUGUUUAUCCUGUUGACUACUCAAAAGUAAGGCUUACAUGCUAUCCAGCUUACCACGGCAGAUCCCAGUACUUAUGGCACGCUCCAGCUUCAUCUUCCCCUAGCUCUAAAGAGAUUACUUCAUCCAAGGAAUUUGGGAAACAAAGUAUGCGUUAUGGUUUUUCCUUUGAAAACGGCAAUGUGCAUUUUUCUGUCUUCACUUUCAUCUGCUCUAGGCACUGUGAGCACUCUGUCCUGCUAAUGUUCACUUGGGUAAUCCUGUGCCCAGAAACUCCUGAUGGAAAUCUUAGAAGUGAAUCCAUAUCAUAGUCAUGUUACAGACUAACCAAAGGUAACCCUUCAUCUGACUGUAGCCCUAGAACCCUUAAUUUUAUUUUAUUUGAAAAGGACUCCAUUUUUAAUAGCACUUAAAUAUUCCCAAAAGAAAUGAAAUAGAGAAUAAAGCCUGUUUUUUAUUUUAUACUAUGUAGAAAAAUGGAAUACAGAGCUAUUAGCAGUUUCUUCAUAACAAAUAAAUGCCUUUACCAGAAGCUGCCAUGCCAGGACAAUAGAUCAUUGAUGGUGUCCUCUCAUCAGAGAAAAUGGAGUGAUCAGAGAUGAAGUCAUCUGAUAGUUUGAUGUGACAGUCACAUAUGCCAUGUAAGCUUUUUGUCUCUAGCACCCUAUUACUAGACUCCUUACACAAACUGUGUAACUUUAGAUUCAGGGGACACCGUGAAAAAAUAUGCCAAUAACUCAGCGAGAACCUGGAUGAACUCUUAGAGGAGGCCCUACCUCCUGGGAGCUGUGACUCCCCAACAUUCUGAAUGAGUUCUCUGCUGUUUUAGCUGACUCGAUUGUCAUGGUUCCCUAGUUUCUAAACAGAUGGACCUAAAGCACCUUCAAGCGUGGAACCGAGUCACACAGAAGCACAUUGGCAGUGAUUUGGAGGUGGCAGAAAGGACUUGACAGCAGAAACAGGGCACUAAGUAAAUCACGUGACGUUUCCGUCCCUCUGUGCCUCCAUUUCCUGUCACUUUGCAUCAUUUAAUAGUUCUUUAUAUCCAAAUUCAGUUUUCCAAGAAGUAACUACAGAGAUUUCUUAUCCUGAGGAAAGGAAUUUAGAAAUAACGCUCUCUGUGACAUUAUAUUAAACCCUUGGGAUUCUCUGAAGUGAUUAUACUUUUUCAUAAGUAUGUUUUAGGUUGUCAUUCUUUUAUUAGUUUAAUAAAAUUUGCCUCCCUCUUAAUAGAUACUUCUUACUGUAAACAAUAUGCUCUGGUGUCUAAAAUUAAGAAAACUUCUUAGACUAAAAAUUGAUCAUGCUGAAUCUUCAUCUCUCUCUACUAUAGAGACCAAACUUUUCUCUAGUCUAAUAUGCCAGUGUCAUUAUUGACCAGGUAAAAUAGAAAUUCAGAUUGCAUUUUGAAAAUGGUAAUAUUUUUUCUUCUUGGUCUAAUUGGUUUUUGCUGGUCAUUCACUUAAACAUGGAUUUCUGCAUUUCUGAUAUCAGUCAUGAUAUUAAAGCUUAAAGCUCCCAACCUGCCUAUUUCAAGUUUCUACAAUGUCAGAUAUGUGGGAUAGAGCUGAUUAUAUUGUAGCAUCAGUUUGUGGUAUGCAGUGUGGCAAAUCGCCUUCUAGCCGGCAUUAACCACACACUACUCAAUAAAUAGCAAAAAAGCAAAAGCAUCUCAUUAGAUUUGAGAGCGGAAGUUAAACAGUACAAACAUUUGCCUAUGGAGAAGAGGUGCUUCUGGGUGUGGCCCCUGAUGCCUUUCUCACAUGACCUUUCAAAACCAAUACUGAGUAGCCCCCUAGAAACAACUUUCAGAAUAUAUUUUCUUACAAAGGAUGAGGAUCUUAAGAAGGAUGAGGAAAUAAGGGGGGCAAGAUGAGUUUCCUUCAAGUGUGGAAAAUCAUAUCAAUUUACAACUGAAUGUGUUUCCUUGUAGCAAACCUUCAGUUUAUUUUAUUAAACCAAUGCCAGCUUCAGUUUUUUUGUGCGGUGCCAUCCACCUACGGAGGACAAUCAAAUGACCUAUUGUUUGCCUUGGAUUCAGUGUCUAUUGAUUGAGUCUCAUCUUGUGUACCUUUGAGCUCCAUUUAUACUUGAUGCCUGUCCAUGUGAACCACCACAGUGCUGUCAGAGGGCAGCCGGCAGCACUGUUGGACAGAUGUGGACUUGCGAGAAAGGGCAGGGUCCUGCCUCACUGUCUCUCAAACACUAUCCUUAAAGUUCUUGCCUGCACUUCCACCAUCAUCCUUAGCAACACUAGUGUGCUGUACACAGGGAGAAAGUGUUUGUGACAUUGUUACUGUUUUGAACUGUUAAGGUAAAAGUGCAAGCUGCUCCUAUUUCAGUUGCAAAAAGAACAAAACCCUUGAAGUUUUAUUACACUGUAAAGAUGCAUUUUGUGAGGUUUCUGGGUUAUCACAGAAGCUUGUAUCAAUGAAGAGUAGGAGGGAAAUAGGGUAAAACUUACUUUCCUUUCAAACCCUCUCUAGUGUGUUUUACACACACACACACACACACACGUUGAUCAGAUGAUACUGUCCUGUGACUCCCUAAGCUAUAGUUGUCAAGAGUAACUAUGGAUUGUGAUUAGUCCUCUGUGGGUAACUCUUGCCCCAUUUGCCCCCUUGCUUUCUUUCCUACUCUCCACUCUUGUGAAUGGAAAAGGUGACGUCAAGGAAUCAAUGCUUGCUUGGACUCAUGUUGUAUCUGUGACUAUGCUAUUAACUGUCUCCUUUUUCCUUCUUAUAUGGGUAGAAAUCUUAUGACCUGUGGAGUUCCCUUCUGAAUAAGUAGACUAAAUGCACAAUGUGGUACUGUUCUAUAGUUUCUAGAUGGUGUAAAAAGCAAAAAGUCAAUGUGCUUAUGUGUUUUUAAAAGAAAAUAAGUGAUUGGUUACAAAACUCUGGCCUUUUUCAUUAUUACAAGCCCUGUUUUCCAACA